UCUAAAGUAGACAUCCUCCUCCAGGUCCUCCUGGAACUUUUCAGCUACCGAAAAACUUCCAGGCAGACCUGACUUUAUUUAUACUUUUAUACCAGGUGAUGCUUGAAAAGUAAGCAGAACCGGUUAUGUGAAACUUCCUGCCGGCUGAAACUCGAGACGUUAGCGGGAGGAUGAGCUCCAGUUCGUAGCCAACGGUGCACUACAAGAGCGUCCUUAUUCUCCUGCCUGUUGAAGUGUACCUUUUGAUUCAAUCAUGGCUCGCGGUUGCAUCUGCUGCGUUAAAUACAUGCUCUUCCUCUUCAACCUGCUCUUCUGGCUGGGCGGCUGCGGGCUGUUGGGCGUGGGCGUGUGGCUGUCAGUGUCCCAGGGCAGCUUUGCCACCCUGUCGCCCUCCUUCCCCUCGCUCUCCGCCGCCAACCUCAUCAUCACGCUCGGCACCGUCGUCAUGGUGACGGGCUUCCUGGGAUGCCUGGGGGCCAUCAAGGAGAACAAGUGCCUUCUGCUAAGCUUCUUCAUCGUUCUGUUGACCAUCCUCUUGGCAGAACUCAUCCUCCUCAUCCUAUUCUUUGUCUACACGGACAAGGUGAGUGAAAACGCCAGACGGGACCUGAAAGACGGGCUGGUUCUGUACAACACGGACAACAACGCCGGUCUGAGGGAUGCGUGGAACACCAUACAGGGAGAGUGGCGUUGUUGUGGAGUGAUGAGCCACCAUGACUGGUACACGGCCCUGCAUGGAAACGUGGUUCCUGAUCGCUGCUGUCAGCAGUUUUACCAGGGAUGUGGACGCAACUCCUCCAACAUCUUCUGGACACGGGGUUGCUAUGAGAAGGUGGAGGAGUGGCUGGAUGACAACAAGCACCUUCUGGGAACCAUCGCCAUGUGUGUGUUGGUCAUACAGCUUCUCGGCAUGGCGUUCUCCAUGACGCUUUACCAACAGAUCCACAGAGCAGGGAAGAAAUAUGAGGCCUGAGGAGGUUUAUCACCACUUUUAUCUGUUACACAGUUUAUUUUUAGCUAAAAUAAGCCUGUUUUUGCAGCUUUUUUAUCUAACAUUACUUCACUUAACCACCCAGGUAUUGAUGUGAAUAGAGUUUGAACUAGUUUUGUUACAUGUAGCUUUAAAAACCACACUGUAAUGCAUGUUUUUAUGUUAGAUAUUUGGAUUUGACUGUGAUGGACAAAAGAGAGAAAAGGCUGAGAGGCAGAAGAGUGAGUUGUAGCAUUUUUAGUUUGAAGCCUGUGGAGAACCAAACUGUAUUAGAUAAAAACAAGCUUUGUGUACUAACACGCUCAAUAAAAGCACUCUUCUUCACA